UUUUAACAAAAACAACAAAAUACUUUGCAACUGCUCUCGUCAUUGUUUCCUGUCGGACCUUUUAAGUGACGGACACAUUGAUCCAGACAAGCAGCAACAAUGGCGGAAAUCCACACGUGGAAGUUUCCUCACAAAACGUGGUUAAAGUGACAACACUUGAACGGUUGAAGGAGGUGAAGCCGCAGGGAUUAUGCAGCGGUCGACACGCUGAUGGCCACUGUCUGCACACACCAACACCUCAGCAGGACACCUUAGGGCCGCCACUGCAGCGCCUCGCCAUGGUGUCCGUGCCGGAAGAGCUGACCUGCUCCGUCUGCAGAGACAUCUUCAGCAAGCCCCACCCCCUGCCCUGCGGCCACAGCUUCUGUCCCGCGUGCAUCCGCCAGGCCUGGGGCGGCGAGGGCGAGGGCGAGGGCCACUUCGCCUGUCCCCAGUGCGCGGAGCAGCACGGCCAAGUCCUGUGCGACUGCUGCUCCCCGGAGGCGGACGAAGGCCUGGUCCACGUGGCCGUCAAGACCUGCCUGAGGUGCGAGGUGUCGCUGUGCGCGGAGCACCUCCGCCACCACCUGGACAGGCCGGCGUUCAGCAGCCACUUGCUGGUGGAGCCCCUGGGCGACGUCUCCCGGCGCAGGUGUCCCGCGCACACCGAGGUCUUCCGCUACUACUGCGCCGACGAGAGGGUCUACGUGUGCGGCGACUGUCUGCUGGAGGGAAGCCACGCUCAGCACGAAGUCAAAGGGCUGAGACAGGUGGAGGAGGAUCUAAAGGAUAUUCUUCAGACACUGCUGGGAAAAUCUGAAGACAAGCUGAAAAACGGCGAACAAAUCCUCAAAGACUUUGCCAACAUGGAUUCUACUAUUGCUGAUUCUCUGACGGAGGAAAACGCCCAAGUGGAGCGGCUGGGCUCGGACCUGCAGGUCCAGGUGGAGAAACUGGUUACGGCUCUCAUGGAGAUAACCAAGAAGGACAGGCAGCAGGUCAUUGAGCGCGUGCACGAGGACUGUUCCAAACUGAGGGAGGACCUGAGCCAGACCACGGGCAUCCGGCGCUACUUGGCGGCGCUGUUGGCGGAGAGCGACCCCUUCCUGCUUAUAUGGGCCUUUCAGUCUGAUGACACAAAGCUAGUACCGGACCUAAACAGUCCACUUUUCACCCCAGAACCGGUCAGUUUGGACAGAAAGCACAUUUUGGAGGAGAUGGAGGGCAAAUAUGGAGAGUUCAUCAGCGCCACACUCCGCUGCCUGAGCGAACUGAAGAGGGAGCUGUUGACCAGUCCUCUGACUCUGGACGCCGACACCGCACAUCCUCUUCUGAGCGUCUCGGACGACUUGCAGUUAGUCAGCAGGCUUCCGAGUCGCCGGCCCCACGCGGACCACCCGGAACGCUUCGAGCACUGGCCGCAGGUCCUCACCGUCCAGAGCUUCUCUGCCGGCACUCACUACUGGGAGAUGGAGGCUGAGGGAUUCUGGGACAUCGCCGUCUGCUAUAAGAGUAUCGGGCGGAAGGGGAAGGAGGGCAACGCCUUCGGCAACAACACGGUCUCAUGGAGUCUCACCCAGCAACAUGACAGGAAGCUGGCCGCUUGGCAUGACCGGAAAAAAACCCGCCUGGCGUACAAAAUGACCGGCAAUCGCGUCGCCGUGGCUGUGGACUACAGUUCCGGCACCAUCACCUUCUCCGAAGUGGGACCAUCAAGCAACCUGACCCACGUUCACACUUUCUGGACCACCUUCACUCAGCCCGUGUCCUUGGGUUUUGGACUUUAUAAGUCGGAGCUCAACAGCCGUAUUUCGUUUAUUAAGGUCUAAGGGGGACCGAGAGUACAAUACGGAGGGAUACGCUCGGACAAUUUCGUGUGGAAACUCACGAAAAUGUGAUAGUUAGUGUCUCAUCUUCCGUCUUAAUUGGGUGACAGAAACCUCAAAACGUAGGAUUCCGUGGAGAACAUUUUAAAAGUAAAAUGGAAUAUUUCAACAUUGUUAAAAAUAGCUCGAAACAUUCUAAAAUAGUACUAAAAUUAUGUAGUACCUGCUGUCUUUUUUAUUCCAGAGGUGUGCAAACCUAAGGAUCUUGCCGUAGGGAUACAGCAUGUACUUAUAUGACCCAAUGCAAGCAACCUUCCCGAGUCAUGGUGCAAAAAAAAAAUAUUGACAUAUAUUUUGGUACCUGUACCAAAAUAUUGAUAUCGGGACAACCCUAGUAUUUAUAGUAGAACAGUGUUUCUUAACCAUAGGGCAACAAUGAGCUGCCAACAAAUAUUUGUUCUCAGGCAGCGGCGCUCAGUUGUAAUACACUUUUCCACCACUUGUGGCAGUAAUGACAUCAUCAAACAGACAGAAGAAGUCUGGAGUUCGCUUUAUGGAGAAGUUUCUUAAGCACAAAAAUGAUGACUAAAGUGGAAUAUUACUUUAAAGUUAUUGCCGAUUUAUUUAAGAAACAUGUUCAUUGUAGUUUUAAGUAAUAUAGAAAUGUGUGUAUGUAUAUACACAUAUAUAUAUGUGUGUGUGUGUGUAUGUAUAUAUAUAUAUAUAUAUAUAUAUAUACUGCAUAUAGGUUUUUGCUUUCCAGCAAAAUGUAUUUUUCUGUGUCUGUGUCCCUCUCUCUCUCUCUCUCUCUCUCUGGCUCCCACUCCAACUCCAACCCCGUGUCUCGUACCGGUUGCUGCUAAUAAAGGCGACAGGUGAUUAGAUUACAAAGCCCACCUGGGCCAUCCACUCAACUGUCGCUGUCUUCGAGGCCGGUCCUUGCAGGCCAUUCUAAAACCUUCAUUCUAGCCAAAUUUAGCCAUUCCUUUACCACGUUCGAUGUGUGUUUGGGGUCAUUGUCCUGUUGGAACACCCAACUGCGCCCAAGACCCAACCUCCGGGGCUGAUGAUUUUAACUAGUCCUGAACAAUUUGGAGGUUGCCCUCUAGUGGGUUCCUCGGACUACCAAACACUUCCACGAGAGCCCGGCUUUCAGGGUACAACACUGUUUCAUUUUCAUUAAAUAGUGCCAGGUUUUUGCUUUCCAGCAAAAUGUCUUUUUCUGUUACUGUCUCUCUCUCUCUCUGGCUCCCACUCCAACUCCAACCCCGUGUCUCGUCCCAGUUGCUGCUAAUAAAGGCGACAGGUGAUUAGAUAACAAGGCCCACCUGGGCCAUCCACUCACCUGUCACUGUUUUCGAGGCCGGUCCUUGCAGGCCAUUCUAAAACCUUCAUUCUAGCCUGAUUUAGCCAUUCCUUUACCAGUUUAGAUGUGUGUUUGGGGGUAAUUGUCCUGUUGGAACACCCAACUGCGCCCAAGACCCAACUUCCAAGCUGAUGAUUUUAGCUUGUCCUGAAUAAUUUGGAGGUUGCCCUAUAGUCAGUUCCUCGGACCACAACACACUUCCACGAGAGCCCGGCUUUCAGGGUACAACACUGUUUCAUUUUUAUUAAAUAGUGCCAGGUUUUUGCUUUCCAGCAAAAUGUAUUUUUCUGUUACUGUCUCUCUCUCUCUGGCUCCCACU